AUCGCCGGUACCGGCACUUAAACAAAUUGUUGGCAGAAUUGUCAGAUCACAUGCCAUGAAGACGGAAUUUCGGACGGAUGAUGAAAUUGAAAGAUCCGUUCUGCCAGAGCAGAAGUUACGCUAUGCGUGGCUGCGAAUGGAAGCGAUCCACUUUCAUAAAUGUCCCGAAUCGAAUGGGCGACGUUCACAAUGGUCUGCCAUUGAUGAAAGACUGGCGAUACUAGGCUCCAAGCCAUAUCGGUUUCAGGAAACCUUUUAUAAUCUUGUUCUACAAAGAGACACUAUUCUAUUUGAUGGAACCAAGACGUAUGAUCAAUUACAAAAAACAUCUCAAUUUGAUUUACCAACUGAUGCAGAGGUUGAAGCUGGAAUGUCUGAUAUAAUGCGAAAUGUAGCUCCAGCAAGCGUUUUACAGGGUGCUACACUACAAUAGUGUUCGUCUUCAUAGUGAGAUCUUGUAGCUUCUUUGUUUUGAAUUUUUUUGGCAAGGACCCAAAAAUGUUUUGUGACUCAAUUUAUCACUGAUGAUUUUGUUUUUCCCAAUGGUACAUUUUCAAUUCUAGAAUGAAGCUGUUUACUUGUAGUUUUUUGUCUUUCCAAACACAUGUUUUUUAUUUAACACACGUUUUCUAUUUACAAAAAAACAAGAUUCUGUCAUUGUGAAAUUUGUUCUGAUGUAAUUCUUAGGAGUAAAUAAACAUGAGACUGUUGAUCAUGGGCUCAAGUUUGGAUGAUU